GCUACCAAUUCGGCCCUUUGGAGACAACUGACGUAAAAUGCCUCCAAAGAAGGACGCAAAGGGAGGUUCUUCCAAACAACCUCAAAAAACACAGAAGAAGAAGGAAGGAGGAUCGGGAGGCAAGGCUAAGAAGAAGAAGUGGUCGAAGGGAAAGGUCAGGGACAAGUUGAACAAUCAGGUUCUGUUCGAUAAGGCGACUUACGAGAAACUGUUCACUGAAAUUCGAAAUAUCAUAUUUAAAUUGUGCGCAUAUGAUGAGCCCCAAGGCCAGGCGCACACCAGUUAG